UUGUUACAGUAAUCACUGAUUUAAAAUCUUAGAUCCAUAGAAAAAUGUUGGCCAUAUUAUGUCUGGCUUUAGUAGCUUUCACUCAAGCGAAACCCACCAACGAGUUUCAAGAGCAGAUUGAUCUGGUGAAUAGUUUAGAAUCAACAUGGGUAGCUGGACACAACUUUGGCAAGUACAUUUCUAUGGAUUACAUCAAGUCACUGUGUGGAGCUCUUGAUAACCCAAGCUUGAAUGAAAAAUUUCCAGUAAAACGUUAUGAAGAUGUUAGCGAUUUACCAACUAGUUUUGAUGCACGAGAGAAGUGGGGUAGCAUUUGUCCCAGUGUGAAAGAAGUUCGUGAUCAAGGAUCGUGUGGAAGCUGCUGGGCGUUCGGAGCUAGUGAGGCCAUGACCGAUCGUAUUUGCAUUCACACCAAUGGCGCAUCAAAACCACACAUUUCUGCGGAGGAUCUUGCUACCUGUUGUUCAUCCUGCGGUUUCGGCUGCAACGGAGGGUACCCAUUGUCUGCCUGGCAAUACUUUCAAGAGACUGGCAUUGUGACAGGUGGUCCCUACGAUUCCUAUGCUGGAUGCCAACCCUACCUCAUCCCGUCCUGCGAUCACCACGUGCCUCAUUCUAAGAACCCGUGCAAAGGGGAUCUACCCACACCGGAAUGUAAACAUACCUGCCGAUCGGGCUACAAUGUUUCAUACAGCGAUGACAAACAUUUUGGAGUUUCAGCGUACAGUGUAGACAGUGAACCAACUCAGAUUAUGAAAGAAAUCAUGACCAACGGUCCAGUCGAAGGAGCUUUCUCUGUAUACUCUGAUUUCCCUAAUUACAAGUCAGGUGUUUACCAACAUGUAAGCGGAUCCAUGCUUGGUGGUCAUGCUAUCAAAAUUCUUGGCUGGGGAGAAGAGAAUGGAACUCCAUACUGGCUUGUAGCAAACUCAUGGAAUCCACGCUGGGGAGACGGAGGUUAUUUCAAGAUUCUUCGAGGUAGCAAUGAAUGUGGUAUCGAAGGCGGUGUUGUAGCUGGUAUGCCGAAAUAAACACGCGACUUUUAUUUUUAGGCUUGCACAAUUUGAUUUUUGGUUAAAAUUUUUGUGAUUCAUAACUUUGGAUUUUUAAUUAGAAUUUUGUUGGUUUGUUUGUUUUUUUCAUACUUUUUUAAGAAUUAAUGUAAUACUGAAUUAAGAAUAUGCAUCUGUUAAUAUCAA